GUCGACAUUCUUACGCAGCUCUCUUUGCGGGAACACACACACACACACACAGAAAAGCAGCAUGCCUGAUAAGCGGGAGGAAACACCCUCUCGUGCCUUCUUCUGUCUUUGUCAUCAAAACGUGCUACAUGAUAAUAGGAUUGUUACAGUGAUCGUGCAUCGUCCGCCACUGGAGAGAUGAGGUCAGCUCAGCAGACUCGGCUGAGAGCCCUUUUCCCCCUCCUCUGUGGUGAUGAUCAUUAGAUAUGCUCGAUAGACACCACGGGGAUCUCCCUCACAGAUCUCGGGGAAGUGGUGAAUCAGGGAGAGGGAAGAGCGCAAAAAAAGGUCAAUCGGGCGUGCUGCUGUGUGUAUCAUUUGCUGUGUGUAUCAUUGCACAGGUAGUGGAGUACAGUACGGAGCCAGGAGUAGUUAUUCUUAUGGCGUCGGUCCCCCGGCGUGCGCUCCUGGCUUGCACGCCCUCGUCACAUUCGAAUGUGACAUCUGUGAUGCUCCCUCCGCAGAGAGAGCUGCAGAGCACACAUGGCGUUCAAGAGCGGGACCUGUGUCGUCCCUUGCGAUCGGGCCAUGCGAUGCGAGGACCGCUCCUCAGAUGCAUCUCAUCAUGACUAUUCGCAUGUGUGCGCGUGCCGGACGGGCGACGCAGUGGAGCAUUGAUCAAGAAAUCCCGUUG